UCUCUCUUCAUGCAUUGAUUAAGAAAUAACAGUAAGGUAUUGUCUGCUCAGAUUCCACUAUUGCUCCAUCAGUUUAAAAAAACUCCUCUCUCGUCCAUUUCUAUCUGCCUCCUUUUAGUCUUUUCUUUCGGUUGAUUGUCUUCAAGUCACACACAAUUCUUUGUUUUCCUCUUCUGUUAGGUGGGGCUGUUCACCUUCCUUUUGUCAGGAUUCUCUGUUCUUUUUGCUAGGCCCCAACAGGAAAAAAUAGAAGGGGUAAUAGAAGUAAAAAAAUAAAAUCAAUAAAAACCUCUACUACAUAACCACUAAAUAUAAGCAAACAUAGCCAGAGUGUAUCUUUCUCUCCAUAUAGUCCACACCCAUCUUUUAUACCCCAAAUGAAGACAAUAAUAAUGGCCAAGACUCCUCAAGACUCUUCCUUUUCUUUCUCCAGGAGAUACUUCAACUGGAAAAAGAAAAUUGUUGAAGAUGAUGAUGAUGAUCAAGAAAUCUUAACUUUCAACUCCUCCUCACAUUUCUCUUCAUGUGAGGAGGAGUUGAAAGAUGAUCAGGAGCUUAGAAUAAUAAUGCCACAGCAAUCACAUAAAAAAAAGCUUCCUGUUAUAUCAGUGUCUAAGCUCCGAUCGGCUCUUACUGUAUUCGGUAUGAGCCGAUCAGCCUAUCAUUCUGGUUUAGCGACCAAAUUGGUAGGUACCAUUUUUGGCUAUCGUCGUGGUCACGUUCAUUUGGCAUUUCAAGUAGAUGUCAAACUGAAUCCACCCUUCUUGAUUGAGCUUGCAACUCCAACUAGUGUACUCGUCCGGGAAAUGGCUUCUGGGUUAGUUAGAAUUGCAUUAGAGUGUGAAAAGAAGCCGCAAAAGAAAGCAGGGAAAUUGUUGGAUGAACCUAUCUGGAGGACGUAUUGUAAUGGCAAGAAAUGUGGUUAUGCAAUGAGACGUGAAUGUGGUCCUGAAGAAUGGAAGGUUCUGAAGGCUGUAGAGCCUAUUUCAAUGGGUGCUGGUGUGUUGCCGGGGAAUGGAGCUGGGUCCGAUGGUGAACUCAUGUAUAUGAGAGCCAGGUUCGAAAGAGUUGUUGGAUCAAAAGAUUCAGAAGCAUUUUAUAUGAUGAAUCCUGAUGGAUCUGGAGGUCCUGAACUUAGUGUCUAUUUGCUUAGAGUUUAAGGUUUUUAUGUCAGCCCAUGUAGUAGGUACUUGGGUGCUAGUAUCAGCAUCCAUAUCCAUUCCAUCUGUGCUGUUCUUCUUCUGCUUUCUGAUGUCUUAGUUCUUAGCUGUUAAGCCAAUGUCCAAAAAAAAAAAUGGAAGGGGGUCACUUCUAACUUCUCCAUGUGUUCUUUUUUUGCUGUCGUCUGCUACCAUGCUUAGUAAUCUCUAGGUAAUGGAAGGGUGGUGUUGCUGGGUUAUAUUUAUGUAUAGAGAUAGUGGAAAUGGUUUUUGCCUUUUGAGAAGUGUAUAAUAUUCCACUUAA